AAUUUGUCUCAUUGAUCUUGAGCAUGGCGGAGCCGGAGGAGAAUUCCCUGACGUCCGCCUGCGGCUGCGACACGCCGACAAAACUAUCAAAAUCAGAAAGAAAACUUGCGAGAAAGCAGGCAAAAGCAUGCCAUGUGUUACUGAAGCAUGAUGGAAUUCUUACAGUUACCAAUCCAACUCCCAAUCUGCUGGUUGCCAAUGGAGGCCUAGGUAAUGGGAUUCAACGAGGUGAAAUUCUCAGUAUAUUCAGCAGUAUAGGCCCUGUGGAAGAUGUUGUAAUGCUGAGAGGAAAACCCUACUGCUUUGUGAAGUAUAGAAGCUCAUCUCAUGCAAUAUCUGCCAUUCAACGACUAAAUGGCUACUGUAUGAGAGAAGGCCAGGGACCAUCCAAUGUUACACUCUAUCUUUCCUUUGUUCAAAGUGUACCAGUUGAUAAGCCUCAGGCCAUGGUACCACCAUUAGGUCUUGUAAUUAUACCUGACUUCAUAGAUGAAAGCUUGGAACAUAAAUUAGUGAAUAGCAUUGAUUGGCAAAGUUCUUCAGAGAAAGUAAACCAGAGUUUGAAGCAUCGUAAGGUAAAACAUCACGGCUAUGAAUUCAAAUACACUACCAACAAUAUAGAUAGAGAUCAGCCUUUACCAGGAGGAAUGCCAGAACUAUAUGAUCAUGUGAUUAAUAGGAUCAUGGAAACCGGUCAUGUGCAGUUCAAACCGGAUCAGCUCACUAUCAACCAGUAUCAACCAGGUCAAGGUAUUCCUCCUCAUGUAGACACACACUCAGCCUUUGAAGAUGCUAUCAUAUCCCUCAGUCUGGAAUCACAGGUUGUAAUGGAGUUUACCGAUCCUGAAGGUCGUCAAGUACCCAUAGUCCUUCCAAGGCGUAGUCUUCUCAUCAUGACAGAAGAAGCAAGAUAUAAAUGGAUGCAUGGGAUAAUUCCCAAGAAGACAGAUAUCAUACCAGAUCCUACAUCACCUGAGAGUCUUACGUUGCAUCCAAGAGCACAGCGGACAUCCUUUACAUUCAGAGCUGUCAGAAAAGGACCAUGUAAUUGCAAGUAUCCAGAACAAUGUGACAGUCAGAAGUCUAAAUCAGAAGUGACAGCACCACUACAGGUAUCCUACCCUAAAUCAGAGCAAGAGGCAGCAAAGCUUGAGACUGAGCAGGUUCAUGUAGUGUAUAACAAUAUUGCUCAACAUUUCAGUGGUACACGUUACAAACCCUGGCCUAGAGUAGUAGACUUUCUGAAUCGAUUGGAACCAGGAUCUGUAGUUCUAGAUGUUGGUUGUGGUAAUGGCAAAUACCUCAGAGUAAAUAAGAAGUUACACAUGGUGAGUACCAAGAAAUUGCUUGAUAUCUUCCCCAAAUUUUAUUUCCAUAUUUUUUUUUCAUAUGGGCAAAGUUUUGCAUUUACAAAUGUAAAAUCACUUAAAUUAUUGAAAUAAUUGUUUCAAUGUACAUGUACUCCAUUUCAAAAUAUUUUUUUCUCUUCCCAUUGGAAACAUAAAUGUUACAGCAAUAUGAUACAUCUUAUAAUACAUUUGAUGUAAUUUUAUGCUUUCACUAUUGGUCAUUUCAAACGUGAGUGACACGACAAUCGGAGAGGGUUAACCCUAAGAAGACUGGGGGGGGGGGGCUGAUUCAGCCUCCCCGUCAACAUUUUUCGCGAUAAAUCCGACGCUUGAAAUUUUUUGACCGCGUCGCUCGCUGACUUUUUACUUUUAAGUCUCGCGCAACUUUUGAGACCAAAAUUGUGACCUCCGGGUACGCGGUUCCGAAAUUACGCAACAUUUUGUAAGUGCAUGCAGACCCAAAAUUACUCAAAAACAUGAAUUUGUGUACAAAUCCAAUGCAAAUAGUGUUUUUAGCCAAAAUUCACAAAUUUAUCAUUAUUUUUCCUUUUACUGCUUAAAAUCAAUUAAUUUUAUUUCUUUUAUUGUCAAAAAGUCAAAAAAUAAAGAAAUACAUAAGAAAUUUAGAAAACAAUAGAAUACAUAAGAAAAUAAAUGUGAUGUUGAAAUUUUUGAAAAAUAAUUUUGAUCAGAUGCCUAUCUAGAGUAUGUGAAACAAAAAUUAGCAUUUUAGGGGCAUUAUUUUAUUAAUUAGAGCAAACUUAUGAUUUUUUACGCAUAAAUUAGCAUAAUUAAUGAGCAAUGAGAUUUUUCGCAGAAUUUGAUAUAGUUUUGUAGAUAAUGCCAUGGGUAACGCGCGUGCCAAUUUUCGUCGCUAUUGCGCGAUUGACGGCCGAGAUCAUAAAGGGGGGCUGAAUCAGCCCCCCCCAGUCUUCUUAGGCAUCGAAAUAGCCCAGUCUAUUUAGGGUUAAGGGCUCAUAUCUUGAAACUUAAAGGUUAUGAAUCAAUCAUGACUACUAUAUUAUAUACAAUGUAGGGCUGGCAUGGGCCACUACCAGUUUGAUUUGAAUUCUACAAUUUGUUUAGUAGAUACAUGUAUGAUUGAAAAAUGGUGCGUGAGUGACACGGCAAAUAUUGGACAUGGGUUUCUGACCAUUAUCGCUUAUGACUGGAUUCGUGCCCAAGUAGCUGUCCAGGAGUACUGUGAGUACCAGUACAUGUACAUAAAUAGUGUACCUAUCUAACACAUAUAGUCAAAAUCAAUCAAACCUUCUCUAUGGAAAAUGGUGCCCUCCUAUAUACCGUGAGUGACAUGACAUCCAAAACGUGAGUGACACGACAAGUGCAGAAAUACAACAUUUAUCUCAACAAUGAAAGUAUUUUUGGCAUGAUGUAUAAGAGCGAAAUCCAACCAACCAAAAAACAAGCUUAAUUACAUAACAACUGCCUUCUUCAAAGUUGAUAAUGCGCCACUCACAUUCCCUAUACCAUACCGCAUCAUUGUCACACUUGGGCUUCUACCACUCUCCUGUUUGGAGGAGGAGGCACUUGAAGGAGGUAUUAUGUGGUCUUGGCAAUGACAUCAACUCAAACAUUCUUUUUGUGGCUUGAUGUCAUUCAAAACUUUUACUCAUUCUCCCUAUCUGCAUAUGACAGUUUACAGGUUUACAACUCAACAUCCACACUGAUGGAAUAAUUUUUCCUUGUAAGAAAGGGGUAUUCUCAAUAGUCACCCACAUCAUCUGACAUGGUCUGGUAGCCAAUGAUGUCAUGUAUGACUCCUUUUUCUUAAAAUAUUGGAUUACAAUAUUAUCCUCCUAAUAUUUUAGGUAUUGUCCAAUAGGACUUGGCAGCUUCAAUGUCCUUUUUCAUACCAAACCACAAUUAUUUGGCUGCACACUUCAGAUGGACUAUUAGCAAAUCCUUGAGAAACUUAGGGUUAAAGUUCAACUCAUCAAGCAUUUGUUUUCUGCUGAACACUGCUUGUAUGUGGACCCUCCAAACUGUACCUAAUUUCAGAGCUGUAAUUUUCAGCAGGAAUCUUGCAAGCUGCAUUUUAUUGCUAAUUACCAUAUUUGAUAAUAAACCAAAUCACCGGUAAUACAGGAAAAGCCACGAGGUGAAAGACGCAUAGUCAGUACCUCAUUCUUGCAAAAAGCCACAGCUCAGUCUGUUGGUAAAAAAAAAAUUACCUACAACUACAAGUCAUUAGCCUUUCCUUUGCUGAGCCCUUGGAUGUUACACUGAAAUUCAAUUCAGCUUCCCCAACCAUCAAAUACUCCCCCUAUACAUGUACCUCCAUAGCUUUUUCCCCACGAGGUCUGGCUCAGUUCUAACCAGGGUACCAAAAAAAAAAAAAAUUGAUCUGCAUGAAAUCACGGCAACCCACCAAAGUUGCUCAAAUGCAAAUUCGGUCUUGGUUGGGACUUGUUGGGACCUAGAUAUAUACUUUAUCAUUUUGUUGUAUGUGUAAUGCAAAUCUGCUCUGAACCCACAUCGGCCCGCUCACAGUAGUUUGCUGUUCAUACCCUACUUUAUCACUAGUGGUAUGAAUGGUAGCCGAACAAAGAAUGAUUUUGAACCAGGCAUGUGCAUGUAGCUACUUCAAGCAAUAUCCAAAAUGCUCUUUCAAAUCUCAGUACAUUCUCACCUGAGAUGUUCUUGCAAAUUUCAUGUCCUCGAAUACAAGCUUUGUGGCAAAAAAAGUUAAUUUUAAUUAAUCAUCAGGAUAAGAAUUUUUUCUGAUUUUCUUAUUUUUCACAAAACAGUGAUAUGCACUAUUCAGUGACAUGCAAAUGAGACAGUCAAUUAUAUUCUUCACUCACUAUUUCUUUUGUUUUCAUUUUAACUGUGUAGUGAAAUGAAGCCAAACUUUGAAAUGUCAUAACUUUCUUAUUUUACAUCCAAUUUUGAUGAAAUUUUUAUUGUUCUGCUUGUUAGAUUUUCCUCUUUUCAUUAAAAUCAAAGUUUUGUUGGGGUGGACUUGUCCUUGAGAUAAGCAUAUGAAAUUUGCCCUAAAUUUUGUUUUUUGUGUAUGUUUUUGCCUUUAUCUCACUUCAUAUAGCUAGUAGAGUGCUUAUUUUUGGUGAAAAUAUAAUUUUCUAUAUUUCUAACAAAUAUCUACAAAAAAUUGCCAAAAUACAAUUAAUUUCCAUUAAUUGUUUUUUGUCUCGCCUGCAUAGCAGAGUGAGACUAUAGGCACCGCUUUUCUAACAGCGGCUGCGGCGACGUCGGCGUUGUCAACAUUGAAAUCUUAAACAAGGUUAAGUGUUUGAAAUGCCAUCAUAACUUAGAAAGUAUAUGGACCUAGUUCUUGAAACUUUGACAUAAUAGUUGUCAAGUAUUACUGAACAUCUUGCCUGAGUUUCUGGUCACAUGACCAAGGUCAAAGGUCAUUUAGAGUCAAUGAACUUAGACCAUGUUGGUGGAAUCAAUAUCGAAAUCUUAACCGAGGUUAAGUUUUUGAAAUGUCAUCAUAACUUAAAAAGUAUAUGGAUCUACUUCAUGAAACUUGGACAUAGGAGUAACCAUGUAUCCCUGAAUAUCCUGUGUGCAUUUCAGGUCACAUGACCAAGAUCAAAGGUCAUUUAAGGUAAAUGAACUUUGGCCAUGUUGGGGGUAUUGGUUGAAUUGGCAGCAUCACUUAAAAAGUUUAUGGAUCUACACAUGUAGUUCAUGAAACAUAGACAUAAGGGUAAGGUUAUCAAGUAUAUUUUGCACACGUGUUUAAUAGGUUCAGUUUAAUUCAAUUCAUUUAUUUAUUCAACCAUCAAAAGGAUAAAAACAGUACAAUAUACAGUAUUAACAAAGUAUCAG